UUGAUAACAGCUUUUUCAAGUUGUAGGAAAAAAGAUAAGGAUAAACCAGAAAGUGUGAGAAAUAGUAACAUUGUUGCUGCAAAGGCUGUAGCAGAUGCCGUGCGAACAAGCCUAGGUCCAAAAGGGAUGGAUAAAAUGAUUGAGACGGGCAGUGGUGAAGUUACUAUUACAAAUGAUGGCGCAACGAUUUUGAACCAAAUGAGUGUAAUUCAUCCGACUGCCAAAAUGCUCGUGGAAUUGUCUAAAGCUCAGGAUAUAGAAGCAGGUGAUGGAACAACAACUGUUGUCGUUCUUGCUGGCGCAUUCCUUGAUGCUGCAGAGAAGCUUUUAUCUAAAGGAAUUCACCCAACUACAGUGUCUGAAUCAUUCUUAAGAGCUUCAGCGGAGGUAGAGAAAAUUUUGGAAACUAUGGCAGUUCCAGUUGACCUAAAUGAUGAUGAGAAGCUGGUUAAGAUAGCAACUACUAGUCUUAAUUCAAAAGUUGUAUCUCAACAUUCAUGGAUGCUUGCUCCUAUGGCUGUGAAUGCAGUUAAAAAAAUCAUCAACCCUGAUACGGAUAGGAAUGUGGAUUUACGAAUGAUAAAGAUAGUUAAGAAGUUAGGAGAAACUGUUGAAGAAUCAAGGUUGGUAGAUGGUGCGCUGAUAAACCAAAAGACAAUGGGCCGUGGAGGACCAACACGUGUAGAAAAGGCGAACAUUGGGCUUAUUCAGUUUCAGCUUAGCCCGCCGAAAACUGACAUGGAAAACCAAGUUAUCAUAUCUGACUAUACACAAAUGGAUCGAGCGCUAAAAGAGGAGCGCACGUACAUACUGGAUUUGUGUAAACAAAUCAAAAAGGCUGGCUGUAAUGUUCUGCUAAUCCAGAAAAGCAUCCUCAGAGAUGCAGUAAGCGAAAUGGCGCUUCAUUUUUUGGCAAAAAUGAAAAUUAUGGUUGUGAAAGAUAUUGAAAGAGAUGACAUUGAGUUUUAUUCGAGGAUUCUUGGUUGCCGACCUGUUGCUUCUGUUGAUCACUUUGUCUCAGAUGCACUGGGGUAUGCUGAUGUAGUGGAACAGAUUACGACUUCAGGAGAUGAAAGAGUUAUUCAGGUUACUGGAGUUCAAAACCCAGGUCAUGCUGUAUCUGUUUUAUUACGAGGCUCUAAUAAAUUGGUGCUUGAAGAAGCUGAACGUUCUCUUCAUGACGCUCUUUGUGUAAUUCGGUGCCUUGUCAAGAAACGUGCAUUACUUCCAGGUGGUGGGGCUCCCGAAAUGGAAGUAGCAGUUCAGCUGAGGCAGAGGGCGCAAGAGAAACUUGGAGCUGAACAGUAUUGUUGGAAGGCGUUCGCGGAUGCUUUGGAGGUAAUACCAUACACGCUUGCCGAAAACGCGGGGUUAAGUCCAAUAGCUACAGUGACUGAGCUGAGAAAUCAACAUGCAAAAGGAAAUAAAAAUUAUGGAGUCAAUGUUCGAAAGGGUUAUGUAACAGAUAUUCGGGAAGAAAAUGUACUGCAGCCGUUGCUUGUGACUGUGUCGGCGAUAAAGCAGUCUACUGAGUGUGUGCGGUCGAUACUUAAGAUUGAUGAUAUUGUGGUUGCUGUUCGUUAG